GCCGAGCGCUGCCGGGUCGGGCUGUGCCCGUCGAGCGCCGUGAGGGAGGAGCUGCGGCGGGCGCGGGGAGAGCAGUGGCGGCUCCGGCCCGGCCCAGCCCGGCCCGGCCCGCCCGGGGAGCGCAGCGCCGGCGGAGCAGGUCCAGUACAGAUAUGAGUGCCUGGCUGCUCUGCUGCUCCCGUGCCCCAGCACUCACUGCCCUGUGAUUUUGGAUAACAAGCCUAAGAAGUGAGUUACACAUCGUGUGGUAAGAAGCCAAAAGCAACCUGCCUUUAUUGAAUUCUCAAGAACACAGUUGACCCUUUGGUACAUUAUCAAGAUGCAUUAAGAAACUGGAUCUGAUGCCAAAAGAACUCCAUGAGUUUCCAUGACUCUCUUGAACUCCAACGCAGAUACUUUUGGAUAUAAAUUUCUGUUCUAAGGAGAAGAGUGUGUACUCCCAACUCCUUUCUGCCAGCUUGCUGGCAGAGGUAUUUCACUAAGAUCAUGGACCAUCCUAAUAGGGAUAAGGAUGAAAGGCAACGGACAACGAAAGGAAUGCCGGGAAGGAGUGGGCACGGUUCUCGGCCGAGCUCAUCGGCGUCUUCCGGCGUUCUUAUGGUGGGACCCAACUUCAGAGUGGGCAAGAAGAUUGGGUGUGGGAACUUUGGAGAACUCAGACUAGGUAAAAAUCUCUACACCAAUGAAUAUGUAGCGAUCAAACUGGAACCAAUUAAAUCCAGGGCACCACAGCUUCACUUAGAAUACAGAUUUUAUAAACAACUUGGAAGUGCAGCUGAAGGGCUCCCCCAGGUGUAUUAUUUUGGACCUUGUGGAAAGUACAACGCCAUGGUCCUGGAGCUGCUUGGUCCGAGCUUGGAAGAUCUGUUUGACCUCUGUGACAGGACGUUCACUCUGAAGACGGUGUUAAUGAUCGCCAUUCAGCUGAUCUCUCGGAUGGAGUACGUGCAUUCCAAGAACCUCAUCUACCGCGAUGUCAAGCCGGAGAACUUCCUCAUUGGCCGGCAGGGCAAUAAGAAGGAGCACGUCAUUCACAUCAUAGACUUUGGAUUGGCCAAGGAGUACAUUGACCCGGAAACCAAAAAACACAUUCCCUACAGGGAGCACAAGAGUCUCACUGGAACAGCGAGAUACAUGUCCAUCAACACACACCUUGGCAAAGAGCAAAGUCGUCGAGAUGACUUGGAAGCCCUUGGCCAUAUGUUCAUGUAUUUCCUCCGAGGCAGCCUGCCCUGGCAAGGAUUGAAGGCUGACACCUUAAAAGAGAGAUAUCAGAAGAUUGGGGACACAAAGAGAAACACUCCGGUUGAAGUUCUCUGUGAGAACUUUCCAGAGGAGAUGGCCACGUACCUCCGCUAUGUCCGGCGGUUAGACUUCUUUGAGAGACCAGACUACGAUUACCUACGGACCAUCUUCACGGAGCUGUUUGAAAAGAAAGGCUACACCUUUGACUAUGCCUAUGACUGGGUUGGCAGGCCAAUUCCUACUCCUGUGGGAUCUGUCCAUGUAGAUUCUGGGACAUCUGCAGUGACAAGAGACAGCCACAUCCACCGGGAUCGACCAUCACAACAGGCCCUUCGCAAUCAGGCGUCAUCGGAUCGCCGAGGAGAGUGGGAGAUCCAGCCAAGCCGGCAGACAAAUACCUCGUACUUGACAUCUCAUUUGGCUGCAGAUCGACAUGGAGGAUCAGUGCAGGUGGUGAGCUCAACCAACGGGGAGCUGAAUGUGGACGACCCAACAGGAGCACACUCCAACGCACCCAUCACAGCGCAGGCGGAGGUGGAGGUGGUGGAGGAAGCUAAGUGCUGCUGCUUCUUUAAGAGGAAACGGAAGAAGACGGCUCAGCGUCACAAGUGACCGGUGCCUCCUGGGCCUUGCAGGAACCACCACGCCUGCAGCUCCUGCCCUGUCUCACUGGAAGGGACUUCUCUUUAGGAGGGAGGAGGAGGAGGCAUAGGAGGAAGAGAGAAAAACGAAAAAAAAAAACAAAACAAAACAAAAAACAAAAACCCAAGUGACAUUUUAAACCAAAAAGAGAAGAAAAC